AUGCAGCAAGGAUAUGCGACCUAUGAGCCAGAAGCCACCAAAGCUGUUAAUGAGUUUUAUCAGGAGGCAAAGACACUGUGGAAGAAAGAGAGGGACUUCGGGAUAGACCAUAUCUGCACCGCGGUUGCCUUGCUUUACCUGGCCAUUACUGCAGUCUCUCUUGAGGCUGGGGCGGAGUAUGUUGCCCUCCUCGGUGAUUGUCUGGAGAUGAGUUCCAGGCUUGGACUCUUCAACGCAAACUCUUUCGAGGCGCCAAGAUCCACGAGUUCCGAGAGCCCUGACUGGCAACGAGCUGUGUCCCAGAUUGCCUGGGCACUCUUCAACACUGUGACGUAUGUUGAAUUCUGA